AGAGUCAAAUUAGCUCGCUUCCUAGGGUGGUUGCCUUGCAGUGGCAAUAUUAUUGCUUUUCUGACAACUACAUCCAGCUUCAUGUUGGCGAUGUCGUCGCUAUGACUAGUUUUUGCCUUGUGCUGUAGAUGCCCGGCUAUAUCAUAAAGAUUUCUCACGAGGAGGUUCCUUUACGUUGUUUUCUUUACACUUCACGAACAUCACGCAGAAUCGACGCCUACUGGAUAGAAUCAUGAAAACUCAAAAUAUGGAUUCCAACCUGGACCAGGACGCGCUGCCUGUUAGCCGCGAUGUUGGCUCAUCAACGAAGCAGAACCGAGGCGACGUUGUUUCUGAUCCUUCAAAUAUAGAAGACAAUAAGGAAACGGCAACUGCGGCAAUCCCGCCGACUUCCGCCUGCAAAAAGAAACCGCACGACGCGACCAAUUUUGAGGAGCUGCUGAACCAACUCCCAAUUGGAAAACUGUACCCGGAACUUGUGCAAGAAUGCCUUCCGAUCUUGAGAAAUUGGGAAGCGCACAUGCCGAACUUCCACUCGAAGAUGAUGAAGAAAACACAGUCGCCGAUGCCCCGAAUUUUGAAGGAACUGAACGAGGCCGCGCCGGUGAUCAUGAAAGUCAGGGACUUUGUCGAGAAGGCAAAUUUUCCAAAAGAUGGAGACUCUAGCACUUCCUCGGCCAUCACUACUUCUUCUCCAGAUGCAGCUACAGCUGCACACGAAGGAGCGUGUCAGGAUGAGCAGUUCACCAUCGUGGAUUUGGGCUGCGGGUUGGGGAUUCUCUCCAUGUUUCUGUCCGAGCUUCUACCGAAAACGAAGAUCAAGGAAUGCUUCCUGGUCGACAAGAUGUGGCCGCAGGCAAAGAUUCCGCGAACGAACACGGAUGGCAUGCACAUGACGAAGGAACAUUUGGAGUACUGGAACAACAGUGCGGGAAACAGUACCACUCCGUGCAAGCUGAAUGCCAAUCCAUCAUCUCCAGACGCGACGGUAGAAACCAGGAUACCAUUGAAGACGUUGAAGCUGGACAUCAAGAAGGGGCGGGAUUUGGCGGAUUUGGUCCACUUCAUCUUCGAAAACGGAAGUAAGGAAACUAGGGGAAGCGGAAACAGGAUUGGAGGAACACCAGCUACGGCCUCGGCGACAACUUCUGAUAGCGGAGGUGCCGUGCUAGUUGAUCCGCAGGGUCAACCCCUACAGAACCAGAAAAAGAACCGCAUCAUUCUCCUCGGUAUUCACCUGUGCGGCUCUCUGUCCCUCCGUUUCGUGGAGCUGAUCAACAAAAAUCCGGACACGGUGGAAUUCGCAGCCUUGAAGCCCUGUUGCCUCCCCGGGAAGAUGCACUUGCACCACGAAAUGCUGUACCGGGUUGGGGGGCACGAGUUUACGGCGCAGGAGGUGUACUAUCCGGGCGUGAACAGGAAUCAAGACGAGGUGGAAAAGUUGACGUGCUUGGAAGUGCAAGAAGUCGAUGAGGAGGAGAAAAAACAACGAUCGAAAGUUACUGUUGACGAUGCCGAGGACGCAGUUGUCGACGAGAACAGCGACACAGAGGGGGAAGAGGAUGAUCAUGAGAAUGAGACCUAUGGCAUGACCAACUGGGAUGAGGAGAAACCUAAGCCAGUUUCUGACCAAGCGGCAGCUGAUGACGCUGCAGAUGCCGCCGCUCAAGAACCGCCUCCAGCAACCGCCAACACUGAAUCCUCAUCAAAGAAGAAAACGCACUCUGGCCGCGGAAAGCGACGGUUCCGGGCGUGGUGCUCCAACGUUUUCCAAUGUCUGACGAUCGAGGAGGAGAAAACGACGGCGAGUAUUGAAACCCACCGCGUUGCGCCGCACUACUUCCAAGACCAGUUUCUGUUUGUGGAGAGGGAAAGGAAGACUUCUGACGGUCAAGGCGAUGGAAACAAUGGUGACAAGACGAAGCAGAAUAGUACCGACACAGUGACUGACUCUGCCUUCAACCGCGGACUCACGUACAAUGAGGAUGAUCGCGCUUUUCGAAAUCAAAUCUUGAUCCCACGGUACCAGCGAAAAAAGGAAGAAAAUGCCAGAAAGAAAUUGGAGAACGGUACUGGUGGUGGUGAGGGCGGAAUAAAAGCUGAUGUUGAUGCCACAGGAGGUGGAGGUGGAAAGAAGCGAGCAGUUGAGAAAAUUCCCGCGAAACGGAAAGCAAAUGCUCUGAAAACGAAGGAAGGCAAUAUUGCCGCUGAAGAGAAAACGAAUAUUGCAGCUCCCAGGGUUGCAAUUGCAAUUGGAGGACAAUGAGCACAGCUUCUGUUUCUGUCUCGACUGCGAUUCACUUUUUUCUCGAUGUGCGUCGAUGUUUGUCAAAGAUGAAUGCCAUUGGUAAU